CACGGCUGAUUCAGUAACCGCCCAGACCUCCACAAGGAUAGACAUAAUCCAGUGCUUCUGACCAUCACCCACAGCUGAUUCGUUUUCUCCCGGGAGCCCUGACAUGCAGCGUUAAUGUUUCGGCUGGACAUGUGCCUUCAGGACUCUGAGAUGACAUUAACGUGGAGAGUGAAGCUAUUCCUUUUUAUGUCGUUGUCAGUCUUCCACUGUCUGUUAAUUGAAGGGGCUCGGAGCAGACUUUCAUUGACAGAAAGGCGACUUCAGAGAGGGGUUAAUGCACUUCGGAGGAAACGGGAUCUCCUUGGGGAAGAGACCUAUGGACCGCUGCUGUCAGAGGGUACCCUUUCACGUACCAUUUUACACAACUACACUUCCAGAGAUUCUUCUUCAGAACACUGUGACUGCCUCAAUGGUGGCUGGUGUCAAGAGGGUGGUUUGUGUGACUGCACUCAGUUUCAAGCACUGGGAGACCGCUGCCAGAUCAUACCAAACCAGGGCCAGGACAGAGAUGGAAUUUGCAGAUCAUGGGGUCAACACCACUAUGAAACGUUUGAUGGAAUAUACUUCUACUUUCCUGGGACCUGCUCAUACAUUCUGGCUCAGGACUGUCAUUCAUCUACACCUCAGUACACUGUGUGGGUCCACAAUAGCAGAGUGUGCGACGGGAGCGUAUAUUCCUGCGCAAGGGCUCUCAGUCUGUUCUUCCCAAAUGAGGAAGAGAUUUACAUAUCUGGAUAUCAAGUCCACCAGGGAGGCCGCAGGCUAAUUCUGCCGCAGACUAUUGGCAGCGUCUUCAUUGAACGACUUGCUGAUUACCUCCUGGUGAAGAGCGCUUUCGGCUUCUCCCUGGCCUGGGAUGGCGGUUCUGGUGUCUAUCUGAAGAUGAGUGAAGAGCACCAGGAUUCUUCAUGCGGCCUAUGUGGAAAUUUCAACCAUUUUGCUGGUGAUGACCUCCUCACUGCACGUGGUAUACCUACGGAUGAGCCUGCAGUGUUUGCUAACAGCUGGGCAGUGGAUUUGCCUCACGAGAGGGCCUGUCCUUCAGUAGAUCUUGACUUCACUGGGCCCUGCCAGUCUGAGUCAGACAUAAAUGAUGCCAUAGAGAAAUGUAGCGCUCUUCUCUUUUUCCCAUUCUUGUCGUGCCACGAAAACAUCGACCCAAAUCCUUUCGUAGCCAGCUGCAUAUCUGACCUCUGCAUUUCGGAUGAUGAAGAAACAUUCUGUCGAGCCUUAGUUGAGUACACCCGAGCGUGUUCACAUGUUGGAUACCCAGUGAGAGAGUGGAGGGAUAGCUUCCCUUCUUGUAAUGAUGGCUGUGAGGACAGUUUUGUCUACAGAGACUGCAUCAGUUGCUGUCCACCAACCUGUAGAACCAAUUUGCACUGUCUGGAUGGCUGCUACUGUCCUGACGGUCUUAUCCUUCAGAAUGGAACCUGCAUCGCUGUCUCUCAGUGUCCAUGUGUUUACCACGGAACGUCCUACAUGCAAGGACACGAACUUCACCAAGGGUGCAGUGUUUGUGUGUGCUUCGGGGGAGUGUGGAACUGCACUGAAAACAAUUGCACAGUGGUGUUGGAUGAAGAUGUGAGUCGUCAGAUCACUUUGACAAGAGACGGGGAGGUCAUAAUUGGUGUCAACCCAGCUUCUGUGCUGCCCUACACUGAUGAUACGGUGGAGGUCCGAAAGCUGACCUCUGUGUUUGUACAGCUGAAAGUGGCUGAUGGCCUGCGGUUGCAAUAUGAUAGUCAAGGGGGGCGAGUGUACCUGCAGCUGCACAGCAAAUGGCGAGGACAAACGCUGGGCCUGUGUGGAACCUUCAAUGGAAAUCUUCGCGAUGACUUCCUUUCCCCAGCAGGUAUGAUUGAGGGCACUCCUCAGCUCCAUGCCAAUGCUUGGAAAGUGUCAUCCGCUUGUGCAGCUCCGGUUAACCUGCCUGUUAUUGAUCCCUGUGAGAUGAACCAAAAUAAUGUGUACUAUGCAUCCCAGUGUGACACACUUAUGGGGAGUGUAUUUGCUCCAUGCCAUGGCUACAUCAGUCCAAACAUUUAUCAGCAGCAAUGUCGCUACCAGUCCUGUCGCUGUGGGAGCAGUUGCCUUUGCACAGCCCUGGCUCACUACACUUACCUCUGUUCCAAACAUGGCGUCGUCGUUGACUUUAGAUCACAGGUCUCUGAAUGUGGAGCAGUGUGUCUUGGUGGUAUGUUGUAUCAUUCUUGCGUGUCGUUUUGCGGACGAUCCUGUCGAGCUCUGUCUGACUACGAGGAGUGUGAUUCUGCCGACUGCGCCGAGGGCUGCGGCUGUCCUGAAAGCACUUUUUAUGAUGACGUGCGUCAACGCUGCGUACAAAAAUCUCAGUGCCACUGUUACACCAUGGCAGGUGCAUUCCAGCCAGGUGAAGUGAGCUUCAGUGCUUCUGGCCCUUGCCUUUGCAAAGAUGGGAAGCUGGAGUGUAUUUCAGAGGAAAAAGAGCCCGAAGAAGUAGGGGAAUGUCAGGAAGGUAAAGUGUACAACAGCUGCAUUGACCAGAGAGGAGGUAUGGCCUGUGCACCGACCUGCCGAAACCUGAUGUUGAAUCUCACAUGCCCUCCGAAUACGCCAUGCAUACCUGGCUGUGUCUGUCCCCCUGGACUGCUGCUGCAUCAUGGGAAAUGUUACUAUCCAGAGAACUGUCCCUGCGCUUGGUUGGGGCUCGAAUACCUACCGGGAGAAACCAUAGAAACGUUGUGUUAUAAAUGUGUGUGCCAUCGUGGCUAUUUCAACUGCAGCUACUCUCAGUGUCCGUCUGUGUGCACCAUCUACAGUGACAGACAUUACCACACUUUUGACGGCCUUGAGUAUGACUACUACUCUGAUUGCCAAGUCUACCUGCUAAAAAGUACAGGAGAUACUGAAGUGUCCAUUGUUGCUCAAAACAAAGACUGUUAUGAGAGCGGCAUUGUGUGUAGGAAAUUACUCAUCAUUCAUGUCGGACUUAGCAAAAUUUACUUUACGGACAACUCCGGAAACCCUAGCCCCUCCACUGUUGUAGGUCAUGGAUCGGAAUUUGAAUUAUGGAAAGCAGGCUACUACACUGUUGUGCAGUUUUCCAACCAGGACCUGACUAUUCUCUGGGACCGCAAGACAACUGUGCACAUCAGAGUUGGGCCUCAGUGGAAGGGCCGUCUUGGUGGACUGUGUGGAAACUUUGACGGCAUUACAGUAAACGACAUGAGCACUUCUAGUCACAUGGAAGUCAGCAAUGCACAGGCCUUUGGAGAUAGCUGGACUCUGGGUCAGUGCGAAAGUGACUACGUCGUGGAGCGACCGUGUGAAAGAGACUUGGGUAGGCAGCCGUACGCAAAGAGAGAGUGUGCACUUCUUUACAGUGACGUCUUUGCUCCGUGCCACAACGUGGUGGAUGUUGGCUGGUUUUACCGAAACUGUUUGACAGACACAUGCAACUGUAACCGCGGGGGUGACUGUGAGUGUCUCUGCACAUCGAUCGCCGCAUAUGCACACAAAUGCUGUCAGCAGGGCGUCACAAUCCACUGGCGAUCGCCAUCUGUCUGCCCGUAUGAUUGUGAAUACUAUAACCGAGAACUAGGCGAUGGCCCAUUUUCAUUGGCGAGUGCGUCAUUUAAAGACACCAUGUUGGGAGUCAACCGCACCAGCGGCACGGUGUUUCCUCUGACUGUAGAGAGACCAGGGCAGUUGCCUGCCUCAGGCCUUCUCUUCAACUUCAUGAUCACGGCGGGCCUGCACAGGGACAGAACCUCAAGAGUUCCUGUCGUUUCGCUGGAGUCCGCAGAGAGACCCAACUUUUUCCUGGCCAUAUCUGGGCGGGGUCCACUUCAUUUGGAACACUGGAGUCAAGACGCAGACUUCAGCACCAGGGCGACCUUUAUCCAGCACCAGGGUCUUUUUCAGCCAGGACACACGUCGUUUGAGCUUUUCAGUCAACCAGGAACUUUUCUUACCCUGACACACACUUCUGCACAGCCCCAGAGAUACGAUACCUCCGACACGUUCAGAACAAGCAGCAGUUUUACUCUAGAGGAAAGCAGUUUUGUGAUACCAUACCGUAUGAUGUGUGAGUGGCGCUAUCAACCUUGUGCAAACCCCUGUGUCCGCACAUGCCGGGACCCAGAUGCAAAACUUUGCCAAUUCCUGCCCCUUGUGGAGGGCUGUUUUCCACGCUGUCCAAAAACGAUGGUCCUUGAUGAGGUAACAAGGCGAUGCGUGUACCCAGACGACUGUGUGUCCUUGCCUCCAACCUCAACGCCAUUUGCAUUUGUGACACGAUCCAACAGAACUACGACACUUUCAACUCCGGCUACGACCACUACGACUACUAUCACUACUGCCACUGUCACUGCUACUACCGCCACUGCUACUGUCACAUCAACUGCCGCCAAAACUGACACAACUCUGAUUGCGACGACUACUAGAACCACUACUGUCACAGGAACAAUCUCUUCCUAUCCUACUGAUAGGCCUACAACAACAACAACAACAACAACAACCAGCACAAUCACUCCAACCGCUUUUACAACGCCCAGCAGGAGGAUCACCUCUUCUUCUACCCCAUCUCCUAGCGCCUCUCCUUCUGCUCAUCUCACCACUCAUACCCCACUGGAGACAACCACUGUCGGUAAAACGGAAGUGGCAUCCACCCAAACCACAGGGGUCACCACAACAACGCCGUUCCCUGAGGCUCUUACGGCCCCUUCGACUUCUUUGCCUCACACUAUUUUAACUACCACAACUUUACCUUCAACUUCCACACCCGUCACCAUUACUACAAAAACCACAAAACCUUCCAUCGCCUCGACUACGCUCCCUCUAACCUUACCCACGACGACUGCCCCAACUUCCACCACUUCUCUCCGUAAAACUACCUCUACUCCGCAACCCACAACAAAGGACACAACAAUAAGCCAAGAAACCACUGCCACCUCAGCAGAACAUGCAACUACAGUAGGGGUUCCUACAACGACAGUGGACGAUGCUGAGCCUACAACGCCUGCAUUAUUAAGUAAAACGGAAGCAUCGACUUCAUUUAUCUUCCCCACCACGCCUUGCAUACCACCCUAUUCCCACCGUAUUGACGAGUGCGCAGAGCUGAUCUGUUUCAAUGGAGAGCUGUUGCUGCACAACUCUUCUCUCCACUGUCGCUACAACACCUCACAGCCUCACUGCAGUUUGCUGGGACUGCCCAUCCUGAUUAACACCGACCCCUGCUGUCCUUUGUGGCAAUGCCCAUGCCGGUGUACUGUGAUGUCAGAUCUGCGUGUGAUCACCUUCGACGGCAACAAUGCAGCCUUGUAUGAUAAUGGCUCCUAUAUCCUGGUUAACCUGCCUAGAGAGACAAUUAUUGGCUCAGUUGAGAAAUGUCCCACCAGUCAGAGUGUGAACUCCAUCAGACGUCCAAGUCCCACAGGUGGAACAUCUGGUCUCUGUUUCAAGAAGCUUAACAUCACCACCUCGUCCUACAGAAUCAUUAUUAAUCGUCUGGAGCGAAAGGUGACCGUCAACUACAGACCUGUCAGUUUACCUUUCUCUCGUCACUUUCUUCAUGUGGAGGACACGGGCAGCAUGUACCUCAUUCAUACGUCCCAUGGAAUCGACAUACAGUGGUAUCACAGCACUGGAAUCAUGGUCCUGCAGUACAAGACACUUCAUAAUGGAUUUGUGGCCACUCAAGGCUUGUGCGGCUGCUGUGAUGGAAACCCAGAAGAUGACUUGAAGCUCCCUAAUGGCACUGUGAUCAAAGACGUGGGGGACAUGAUGCUGUUUCUCCAGUCAUGGAGUGUGUACACCACAGAUGAAAUUGAACACACACGCAAAGUUGGAGCCAACUGCACCACUGGGGAUUGUUCCACGUGCCUGUCUAUGCUGCACCAGAGAACCUUCAGUCCGUGUCACAGCAAGGUGUCUCCAGAACAGUUCUGUGACAUUAUGUGGGCCGGGGAUCUGCAUUACAAAGAUCACCAGUGUGACUUUUUGGCAGCGUAUGUGGCGGUCUGCUACACACAUCAAAUCUGCAUCAACUGGAGACGUCACAAUUUCUGCCCACUGCAGUGUCCUCCAGGUAAGGAGUAUCAGCCGUGUGUGAGCACCUGUGCUAGCCGCACAUGUCUAAACAGGGAGUACUAUGAUGAGACCUCCUGCUCCUUCAUAAGAGAGGAGUGCGUUUGCCGCAGCGGCACCAUCCUACACCGUCCUGAUUCCCCUUACUGUGUAACUGAAGAUCGCUGUGUAUGCACAGAUAACGAGGGGAACCCCAGGGCUCCGGGUGAGGUUUGGAAUGGCUCGUCUCGUGGUUGCUGCCUGUACAAAUGUGCAGAGAACGGCUCUGUGGUGGCCGUUGAACCAGAAUGCAACUCCUUCCCCACACCCCUGUGUGAGAGAGAGGGGGAGUAUGUACUUGACGUGGUAGAAGAAGGAGCCUGCUGCCCCAAGAAAAUAUGUGAGUGCAACAUGACGGUCUGUGACCGUGAGGUGCCACCUUGUGAAAACGGCAACCGGCUUGUUAUUGGUUACAGCACUCUCUCAUGCUGCCCAGAGUACAGAUGUGAGUGCGACCCAAUGGCAUGCCCCCCCAUCUCUCCACCCCACUGCAGGCAAGAUCAGUUCCUAGUGGAAGUCAGGGGGCACAAAUCAUGCUGCUAUUCUUACCUAUGUGUGUGUGAGUCAUGUACCGAGCCCAUUCCCUCUUGCUCUCAUGGAGAAAUUCUCUCAGUGGAUCUGAACACCACCAACAGCUGCUGUCCACAGUACUACUGUGUGUGUGACGUCAACCUGUGUCCGGAAUCAUCUGUGAGCUGUGCAGCCGGACUGUCUCUGGUUCAAACCCAUGUACCCGGACUCUGCUGUCCACAGUAUCACUGCGGUACACACAAACAGACACUUAUCAGUAAACUACCUUCAAUUCUUGAUGUUUUAUUAUUUUAUAUAAGUUCUGGAUUGGGUUCUUUACCCUUUACUGUUAACCCUCUAACUCCCACUGGUAGUACUAACUGUGACACAGUGCAGUUUGUUUUGUUAAGUUUUCUUUUUUCUUCGCAGGUCACAGUAUAUUCCUGUGAUGGGAAGUGUCCCUCUGCAACUAUUUUUAACUUCAACAUUAACAGUCACGCCCGAUUCUGCAAGUGCUGCCGGGAGAAUGGCCUGCAAACCCGCUCGGUUACGCUUUACUGCUCUCGUAAUUCCACAGUGGUGGAGUACAACUUUCAGGAGCCUCUGGAAUGCACCUGCCAAUGGCACUAAAGCAUUAGUAAAGAAAGAUUCAAUGAAAGCUUUUGGGGGGAUGUACGUUUCGCAUUACUUACUGUACAAAAAAAAAAAGAAAAUAGCCAUGUUUUAUGUACACAUAAGUAGUACUUUGCAACACUAAACAGUGGAGGGUAGUUGUAAUGUCAGAUAGAUCUACCGUAAGACACAAGUAGACAAGAUUUGGGGGUUUUGUAUUGUUUGUUUACCGUUCUUCACUCUUUUUCAUUUCUACCUUUCCAGUUUAGUCAGUAUCCAUUUCAGAACCUUAAUAUUUUACAAAAAAAACCCCAAAAAACUCAAUAUGCAAAGUCAAAACUUCAUUCAUUAUUUUCUAUCAAUUUAUUGAACCAGCAUCACAA